GGCUCCGCGCAGACGCGCGCCCCCGCUGGCCACGCGCGGGAGAGACGCUGCGGAGAGGUCGGCGGGCCCGGGGGCGUCGGCUCGGCCUGGCGUUCCCGACACCUGGUCACACGGAAACGGAGACAGGCUCGAGAAGACGCUGUCUCAAGCCCUAAAAUAUGACUUCUCACAUGAUCCGGUCGUGACCACGGCCUCCCGGUGGGGCUCCCAGCUCACAGAGCGGCGGGGGCGCGAGCAGCACCAGCCCCGGUGUCCCAGCCAGAGAGGCCGGCGGGGCCAGAGCACAGGUGCUGGUGGAGGAUGGAGGCGGGGGAAAGGAGCCCCCUGCUGGCCCAGGGUGCUGGGUGUCAGGAAGCACCCCUCGCCAGUAGCAGCCCGCUCACUGCACGUCGCGCAGGGCCGGCGCCCUGGGAGGACCAGGCCUGGAGGGCCGGCCUUCGGGGGGUCCUGGCCUGUCCCCCCCCUGCUGGAAGCAGCUGCCUCAAGUGCCUGGUCUUUCUGACCAACUGCCUCUUCUCCCUGCUCGGCCUGCUGGCCCUGGCCGCUGGGCUCUGGGGCCUGGCUGUCAAGGGCUCCCUGGGGAGGAGCUGCGGGGGCCCCCUGCCCGCAGACCCCAUGCUGGGGCUGGUGCUGGGCGGGCUGGCCGUCAGCGCGGUGAGCCUGGCGGGCUGCCUGGGCGCCCUCUGCGAGAAUGCCUUUCUGCUGCACUGCUUCUCUGGGGGCGUCCUCGCUUUCCUGGUGCUGGAGGCCGUGGCAGGGGCCCUGGUGGCGGCCCUCUGGGGCCAGCUGCAGGACGGCCUGGAGCACGUCCUCCGCGAAGCCAUCACCCACUACCAGGACGACCCGGACCUGUGCUUCCUCAUCGACCAAGUCCAGCUCGGGCUGCAGUGCUGCGGGGCUGCCUCCUACCAGGACUGGCAGCGGAACCCGUACUUCAACUGUAGCUCCGCCCGGGUCCAGGCCUGCCGUCUUCCUGCCUCCUGCUGCAUCGACCCCUGGGAAGAUGGGGCCUCUGUCAACGACCAGUGUGGCUUUGGGGCCCUGGGCCUGGGUGAAGACGGGGCCCAGAGGCGGGUGCACCUGGAGGGCUGCAGCCCCCAACUCCGCCAGUGGUUGCACAGCAACAUCGGGGCUAUAGGCAGCUGCUUCAUCACGGUCGUCACGGUCCAGGGGGCUGAGGUCCUGCUGGCCACCCAGCUGGUGAGGGCCCUGGCUGUUGCAAGGGCGCAGCAGGGAGGCUGGGCCCGUCCACCAGACCCCCAGACCCAGUGCCCUGCCCUUUGCCAAAGCGGGCUGCCUGGCAGGUGGGACCGAAGACCAGGGCACUGGGAUGGGGUCUGGGGCUGCAGGUCUCCCUUUCUCCCCCCGGGAAGAUGUCAGAGUGACCCGCCUGGGGCUGGGACCCCCAGCGCCCUUCCCCCUGCUGCCUGCCGUCUCCCCAGCACCCUUCCCCCUGCUGCCUGCCCACCGCUGUAAGCCGACCCAACGACUGCCUGGCCAAUGUCUGCUGCCCAUGGGGGGUGCCAGGCAAAGCCCCCUGGCCGGUGGGGAGAACAGGGGCAAGCAGGAACUGGUUGGUCGGAACCUGCCUCUCAGCCCCCACUCUGACCCUCACCUCCGACCCCCACUUCCGACCACCUCUGAGUCCCAUCUCCAAGCCCAGUCUGGGAGGCCCCAUGUCCUCACCAAAGGCUGACACCUGCCCUCCUCUGGGGCCCCUUCCCCCUUUCCUGUCCCUGGUGGCAGUUGACCUUGGGGCCCGGGCCUCUCCCUUGAGUGCUCUCCCUUUGGGGGUGUGGCUUUCCUGGAGACGUGUCACUGAGGGAACUGUGGCAAGCCAAGCCGAGGGGGCAGCGUGAGGGCCUUGCCUCUCUAACCACCCGAGGAUCGGCCGCCAGUGGAGCCCCCCCAGCAGGCGCCUUCGUGCCCUCCCCGCGGUCACCCCUGCUGGGGCUUUGCCGCCUCUGGUUAACAAUGCUUUCUCUGGCCUUUGCAUAAACGGGGUCCCAGGGGCCCCUCCUCAAGAGUCA